UCUUAUUUUGGUUCCCUGUGGCUCUUAUAAAGGGCUAUUUCUCUGUCUAGAAGUUACACGAAGCUCAACGGAAAGUCUGCAAGGAUGGCAGAGGAGGAAGUUAGCUAUGCCACAGUCAAAUUCAAAAAAAAGAAACAUUCAACAAAAGUUAAAAAGGAGGAAACGGUUUAUGAUGAAGUGGAGGUGAAAAUGAGCAAAGGAGAAAAUGAAGCAAAGGAAAAAACUCCGGACACAAACGACAAGACAUCAGACAGAACUAUGAGCAGACAUCGCCACUAUAAACAGUUGGCUUGUUGUUUGGGAAUCAUUUGUGUCAUGUUGGUGUUGGGCAUCAUAGCAGUCACUGUCUACCAUCUAUACUGCAAACUCAGCUCAGACACUGAAGACUUGAGGAGGAACCAAACCAACCUCAUUCUCCAGAUUCACAACCUGACACGAGACUCUACUCUCUUGGAAAAACAACUUGCAGAAAAAAACCAGGAGCUCGAAAAGAAAAAUGAGGAGCUGGAGACAGAAAAGAAAAACCUAAAAGAAAUAAUAGAACAGAUGACGACACGACGGGAUGAGCUCAAUGUUAGUCGAGCUCAGUGGAGCAUUGAUGCCUACUGUCCCAAAGAAAAAAACAGUAACAACAGAAAAUGUAAUGCUUGUCAGGCUGGCUGGUUAUAUUUUGAGCCCAGCUGCUAUGUAGUUCAUAAUGCUGAACGUGCUGAAUGGAAAACCUGGGAAGAAGCUCGAGAAAACUGCAGAGGAAAGAGUUCAGAUUUAGCUGUUGUUAUUAAUGAAGAAGAAAAGAAAAAUGUCAGUAAAAACAGUUGGAAAGAUAAUGAAAACAAAAGAUACUGGAUUGGUCUGAGAGUUGAAGAUGGGAAAUGGAAGUGGCUGGAUGGAAGGAAUCUGACUGAUAGCUCCUGGAUGAACCAGCCUCCUUCUGAUGGUCACUGUGCAAUCUCUGUACAAGACGAAGGAUUUAAAUCAGUGAGAUGUGAUGAGACGAACCCAUGGAUCUGCAAUAAGAAAGCUUUGUCUGUUUGAAUACUGCAGUAAAACUUCAGAGGACUUUUGGAUAGUCUCAGUCUCAAAAUAUAAUAUUAAUGAUGAUAUUAAUAACUGGUCAACAGAGGGCACUGCAUUACUUCAAACCAAUGAGUUGUUCCCUGAAGUAUCUGCACUGAAAUUUUUCAUGUUGCAAUGAUAGUUAUUGUUAAGCUAUGUUAUAUUAAUGAGAAAUGUUUUAGUCAAGCCAAGAACAACACUGUUCAAACUGCUGUAACAUGUAGAAGAAGGACAGCUGGCCUCUACAUUUGGACUUUGUUAAUCAGUCACAGUGUCAACAUCAGCUACAGAGCAGCAGAGAAGAACAGGAAGUUCAGCUUAUAAUUGAAGUCUCAUGUUGUGUAUUUUGCAUAUUGUUAUCAUAUCAGCUUGACUUUUUUUAGUGUUGUUAUUAAAGUUUUGAUUUUAUUCAUUUACAUUGAUUGAAAUGAAAUUAUGGAUCCAUCCUGCUUUGUAUCACCAGCUCAGCCUGGUGGUGGUGCUGUAAGGGUUUGGGGGGUAUUUUCUUGGCACACUUUGGGUCAUUUAUGCCAACUGAGCAUAAAUAAAAAUGGCACAGUCCACCUGUGUAUUAUUGUUGAACAUGUCCAUC